AACAGAAACCAAUCGGUAUGUCUUUUCUCUUGAUCAACCCACGUUUUAUAUUUUAUACACCCUUUUACACAUACAUACAUACAUACAUACAUACACAUAUGCACAUACACAUACAAACAGAAGCUUCAUUGUAUAUGAAGUGAAUGUCCAUUGGAAGAACUCUCUCUGGAAAGGCAACAGGAAAAAAAGGAUGGAGCUUUUUUUGGUUAUUUUUUAUUUUACAACCUUUUGAUGAUGGAAAAAAAAAACACACACAAAUACGAUGUAUCUGGUAUUGCGCUAUCAAUUGUGGAGGUAUUGAUGGUUUAUCUCUUUUUAUGAAGAUUCAAUGGAUUGCCAAUCUUGACUAUCUGGAUAUUGAAUUAUUAUUUGGUGGUAUAUAUUAUUAUUUUGUGUGUUUAUUAUUAGUAUUAUUAUUAUUAUUAUGGUUGUUGUUUGACUUGAUCUUGGGAUUUUUUUUUUGUUGAUACAUAUAUAUUAUAUCGAUUUUUGGCUCUUUCCUUUGGUAUUUGGUGGAUAAUGGUUCUCUCUCUCUCUCUUCCUUCCUUGUUGUACUUAUCUUGGGAUUUACCUUAUGUUUCUUCGAAUUAUCUCUUGCUCCCUUUUCCCUUCAUCUUCCCUAUUCUCUCAUUAUUUAUAUUUAUUCAUGGAAACUGAUAUAUCAACUCUUCUUUUUUUUUUUUUUAUUCCCUUCCUUCUUUUUUUUACGUCUUCAUCUUAUUAUCAUUUCAAUCCGAUUUUUU